UGGGAGCUGGAGGUGGGAGGACCUGGGGCUUCCCGGGAUCUUCACUAGCGCCGAGCUAGGUUGAGCCGCGGACUGGGACCGCGGACGCAGCCCUCGGCAGUUCGAUUCUGAUGAGUACUAGGACCUGUGCCAGCCCUAAACCGCCGACUCUUCUGGAACUUAGAGCCUCUGACCCAGGCUUCAGGAGUUAAGAGCUGGAUUAAAUGCCUGUUGCCUGAAGAACGGGCUUCGCUGUCUCCUUAGUUCUAGUUUUUGAGUGGCGUGCCCAGGGUAGAAAGUUUGGUUUUUGCUACCUACAUCAUCGCUUCUCUCAUCUUCCUAACCCCCAGGGUCUAAUAUGUAUUUCGCACCCGCAGCUGAUCCAUAAUGGCUACCCUGAUCUUUGUUGAUAAGGAAAAUGGAGAACCGGGCACCCGUGUGGCUCCCAAGGACGGGCAGAAGCUGCGGUCUAAGCCUCACUUUUUCUUCAGCAGUCAAAACUUUAGAUGGGAGAUCUCAGGUUUCAACACCACGUGUAGGCAAAAUGUUUGAUGCUCAAGCAACCUUGCCUAAAGUUACCAGAAAGGCUUUGGGAACUGUCAACAGAGCCACCGAAAAUUCAGUAAAGAACAAUGGACCUCUCAAACAGAAGCAGCCAAACUUCUCUGCCAAAAAGGUAACUGAGAAGACUGUCAAAGCAAAAAGCACUGUUCCAGCCUCGGAUGACACCUAUCCUGAAAUAGAAAAAUUCAUUCCCUUCAAUCCUUUAGAUUUUGAGAGUUUUGACCUGCCUGAAGAGCACCAGAUUGCACACCUCCCCUUGAAUGGAGUGCCUCUCAUGAUCCUUGAUGAGGAGAGGGAACUUGAAAAGCUGUUACACCUGGGCCCCCCUUCACCUCUGAAGAUGCCCUCUCAACCAUGGGAGUCUAAUCUGUUGCAGUCUCCAAGCGUUCUGUCGACCCUGGAUGUUGAAUUGCCACCUGUUUGCUAUGACUUAGAUAUUUAAAUUUCUUAGCACUUAAUAGUUUGUAUGUUUUGUAUUAAUAAAGAAAUUCUUUAAUAGACUCUUCCUAAUAUUGU